UUUCACUCGCACCCUCUGAAAAUCUCACUCUCUUUUCUCAUCGCGCAAUGACCGACCAAGUUCCCGAAAUCCUUAACGAAACCCUAAACCCUAACAUCAAUGAACAAUGUGAAGAACAACCACAACAACAACAACCACACAUCGAUCCCCAAUCCCCCAAAACCCUAUUGCUGUCCAAUCCUCCAAUCCAAAGCCUCCCCGAUCCCGAUCCUCAUUCCCCAAACCCUAAUCUAGACCAAGAUACCCUCAUGCAAGAUUCCAAUAUCAUCCACAACGUCGACGACAACGAACCUGACGCUCCCACCACCGUCAUCGCCGCCGGAGCGCGCCGCGGCCCGAAGAGGAAGAAAUUGGGAGCGAAGCGAACGGCCUUGGAGAAGAAGUCUCGCGAGAAGCUUCAGGUUCUUGUCGAAACCCUUAAACCCGUUCCAUUUGUACCUGCCAAAGCUCUUGACUUUGAGAGCCACCAGAGCCUCUUGCAGCGCUUGGGGCUCUGGGAUUUUGUUCGUCUUGAAUUCGAUACCGUGAUUCGCGGUGAUCUCAUUGCGCAGCUCAUUGCCAGUUACGUCCCUAAUACGCGGUGUAGUUAUGUCAAUGGGGUUAGGAUCUUUGUGAACCGCGCUGAUCUUGGACGCGCUCUUAAGCUGCCGAAGAAAACCAGUGCUUCUGCCAGCGCUGCCAUGGAUGGCGCCGAGGUGGAAUCUAGUGCUUUUGUUGAGGAUUUGGUUUACAAUUGGAUGCUUUUGCAUGAUGAUGCUUACAUCAUGGGGAGUGAUGUGUUGGGGUGUUUGAAUUUGAUUAAGGAGGGGAAUUUUGAGAAGGUUGAUUGGGCAGGGUUGAUUUGGAAUAUGGUGGAGAAGGAAUUGAAGGCUCCGCAGCUGGAGAGCUGUUACUACGCAUCGCAUUUGCAGCUUUUGAUCAAGACGCAGCACAAGGAGUUGUUUGAGGGGGAGGCGCAGAUCGUGGGGCAGGCUGAGGUGAAGGAUGAGGGAGAGGAGGAGGAGGAAGAGGAAGAGGAGGAGGUGGUGGUUGGGGACGAGGUGGAUGCGAGCGGGGAUGUGAAUAUGGGUGGGGUUGAUGAAGGGCGGGCUUGUGAGUUGGCGGAGCGCAAAGUUGAAUUGAAUCUGAUGUCAGAUAGUGUUGAGAGAGUUGAAGUGGAAAAGGAGCAAGGUGGAGGAGAACAGUUGAUGGAUUUUGAUCAGGCUAAGGAAGAGGAACCUGCGAUGUGGCUUUUGGAUCCAAAGAACAGUGUGGGGGAGCCCUUUUUGCGGCCUUGUCAUGGUAGUGAUGUGAAGGGUGUGGACUGUGAGGAAGUGAAAGAGGAAGAGGGAGAAGACGGGCAAGAACAAGAGGUGGAGGAUGAGGAGGAGGAUGCAGAUGCAGACGAAGAUGAGCAUGAGGGUGGGUUCCAUCUUUCACCCAAGUGUAUUCCUUUGGAGGGGAUGACUUCUGGAAAUGGGAGUCUCAUUCAAGCCAUGGAAGCUGUGCAGAUGCCUUUUACUACUGGGAUUGAUCUUCGCGAUAACACAGUAGGAGAUUUUCUCUCUUCUCGGGAUGAGCCUCAAAUGAUUUCUGGAUCAUCACUUUUUGGUAAUGGUCACAAGAGAGACAUUGGCCUGGAUAAUCAUAACUCUCAUCCUUCUCUAAAUGGCAGUAACAAGCGGCUGAGAAGUGACAGCCCGUGGAAUUCUAAGCCAAUGGACUUUGAAAUGUGCAUGGAACAGCUGGAACAUUGGAUGGGGAAAGCCAGAAUGAUGUAUGCAACAAAAGAUCAGGCUUGCGAAGAAUCUACAAUGAAUCAGCAAGUCUUGCUUAAUGAGCUACAGAAGCGAGAUAAUGUGAUUGAUCAUUUGCAUAAAACAAAGAUGGAAGAGGCUCAGAAAAGACAGAUGGAGGUCUAUCGACUUGAGAAGGAACUUUUUAUGAUGCAAAGCCUUGUUGAUGGCUACAGAAAAGCCUUGAAAGAUACACAGAAGGCUUUUGCUGAAUAUAGAGCACGUUGUCCCCAAGCUGAUGAACCACUUUACAAGGAUGUUCCAGGCUCUGGCGGCCUUGUUUUGAGUGUGAUGGAACUGGAAAAGGAACGUCAAAAGAAGGAAGAAGAGGAAAGGGCAAAAUUGCGAGAUUUUAUGAGAAAUUUUGAAGAGAAGUCUAGUGAUUUUGAAUCCACUUGGUUUAGUAAAUUUGAAGGUCAUAUGAGUAUCGUUGAAUCCCUAGGUAAGAGGUUGCUGAUUGUGGAGGGUCAAGUAAAACAUUUAAAUGAAGUGAAUGCUAGACGCAAGGUUUCUGACCCUAUUGAAUGUGCUCCAACAAGUGAAGGAGAAACGGCUCAGUAAGGUUUUGCUUUUUCAGGAGCACUUGGUUAAAAUCAGUGAACACUUAAGUUCAAGGUCGCAGGUUGUCUGUGUUUAUAAUGUACAGAGCUUUAUUUUGAAACCGGGACCUUAAACGAAGUUAAUUCUUACCUUGAUUGUCCGAGAUCAAGUCACCGAUUAUGGUAAUUUACUGUGUUUUGCAUGCUGUUCUUAUUUAAUGGAAAAAUGUGCUGAGAUAGAGAUUCUAGC